AUGAGAAUAGUAACACUACGGCAACAAAAACACUUUAUUCUUUUGACCCACUGUAAGAAUGUAACAAAUUGGCAAACAGGAACCAGUGCCCACCAGGUAUUUACAACUGUAAACAAAACAAGGUGUCCUGAAACCAUCUCUAGUGGGAACGCCUGGAGGGUUGGUUUCAUUUUGUAUCGCCUCUGCCAGCGGGGGACCGAAACCUGCCGGAGUAACUCAGUGGGCCGAACUGCAUCCAUUGGGUGGGUAACAGCUUUCAAAGUUUCGGGGCGAGACCCUGCAUGGAGAGGGAAAGCUGAUCAGAUCAGCGCGGAUUUACCUGACAGCACAACUCUCCGUAUCCCGGCUUACCGCGGCCCUCCCGCUCCCGGCGCCGCUCUCACCUCCCCCGGGACGCGGCAGGACGCGAGCUCCGUGCGCCGCGAUCGGAAUCACGCGCAGGCCCCACGCAGCGCGCGGCCGCUAUGGGCGGAACCACGCUCACAGAGGAGUGAAAAUAAAUUUGUUUCAGGGUUAAGCUCAAGAAAGGAGUUUAGCAAUCAAAAUAUUGCUGACCAACACAUGACUGAAAAGAUAAAAAUAGAAGAUGAGCAUUAUAAACUUUCUAGUUCCAACAGGGGAACUCAGCAGACUAAAGAUUUAUUAUUCCUGAAGGAUCUGAAUGGAACAGAUAGGUCACAACAAACGGAUCUGAAACUUCCGAUAACUUUGCACACACUUCCACCUGGAAUCAAACUGCAGCUUCAAGGCUCGCCUUCAACCUGUGAAGUGGUCAAAUUCACCAAAUUACCCGGACCACUAGCAACAAACAAUAUAAGUGACAUUAGAUUACAGACACAAGUGGACCCAUCCUUGAAGAUCAACACUAUAAAUGUUCCUCUUACCGUGCCUCCUACUGAAGCAGAAAUCAAUGAUAUGCCUCCUUCCAAAGACAGAAGUGGCCACAUAAAACGCCCAAUGAAUGCUUUUAUGGUUUGGGCACGGAUUCACAGACCACAGUUAGCCAAGGCAAACCCAAAUGCUAAUAAUGCUGAAAUUAGUGUCCAGCUUGGCCUGGAGUGGAAUAAGUUAACUGAAGAACAGAAGAAACCUUAUUAUGAUGAGGCUCAAAAGAUAAAAGAAAAGCACAGGGAAGAAUUUCCUGGUUGGGUGUACCAGCCACGACCAGGGAAAAAGAAACGAUUUGCAUUGGGUGUUCCUUCAAAUGCCUUUCCUGGUAGUGGUCAAAGCAUUGUCUCUACAGCUCCAGCAACAAUUUAUCCUUAUCGACCAGCCACCUACUCAGUAGUAGUUCCAAAUUUACAGGCAAAUGUUAAUCGACCAUCAGUUAUUGCAGGUCAAAACCAGUCUCUGCGCGUGCCUGUUACUCAAGGUCCUCGUCCCAGUUCAAUUAUACUUUAUCCACAAACAAGUCCUGUCCAGGUUGGUCUGCCUGCACAAAACAUUUCCAGCCACCCUGCUGUGCCAGUCACUUGUCCUCCAGGACACAGUAGGAGUGAGGUGCAUCACAAGGUAUCUAGUCCAAGCGCAGUAUCUAAUUGUACCGAGCAGAGGAUAUCUACAAUGUUGGUGAAUGUUGGCAAACGAAAUUCUUCCGGUGAAACGAAUAAUACCCACAACAGAGAUGCAAUGCCUGAAGUCCCAACACAAAAGGAGAUACCCGCUGUGAACAACUGCCCCAGAAAUCCAGCAGCACUACCUUCGGCAACUCUCCCGCAUCCGCAUGCUUACCAACACCCACCAAUGGGACACGCUGCCAAUCUGUUCGGAGCUGCAGCUCGGUUUCCUUUCCACCACCCAUACUUUUUGCCUGGACCGCCCUACUUUCCUUCAAGUACUUGUCCUUAUAGCAGACCACCCUAUGGUUAUGGAGACUUUGCAAACAGCAUAUCGGAAUGCUUAGGCUACUAUGAGGAUCGAUACCAGAAGCACGAAGCUAUGUUCUCAGCGCUGAAUAGAGACUACCCUUUCAGGGAGUACCCAGACGACUGUCAACGCAGUGCAGACUCCAGGAGCAAUAGCAGCAUUGAGGAAGGGCCCCACCCUAAUAACUUGGGAGGAGAAGAGUACCUGAGCUCCAUGCCAGAGCUGGAUGUGGGCGCAUUGGAGAAUGUGUUCACAACUCCAAUGUCUGCUCCCUCACAGCCUCAGAGAGUGGAGAUGGCCCACAGUGAUGAUGAACAAGAAGGAAAAAUUUUAAAAAGCCUGUAGCAAGUCUAUUCAAUUUUGUUUAAAAAAUACCAUCAUAAAAAGUAUCUCUGUGGAAUAAUAAUUCUUUUAUUUAUAAUAAACCAAACUGAGAAUUCACAGCUUUGUCUCCACAUGGGAGCAUUUGAUAUUUAUAACAUCUAUGCAUGAAAAUAUCAGUAGUGAAAAAUAUAACUUUCACACACAAAAAAUAUAAAAUGGAAAAAAAUGUUGGUGUAACCUGCUGUUAUUGACUCAUUUUAAAAUGCUUUUAGUAACCACCUGAUUUAGUUUCAAAAUUCUAACCUAACCACUAGUUAGUGCUCUUGAUACUAGUCUUUGUCCAUCAGCUUCUGUAAGUGUUGUUCAUAUUGUUAUAGUUUCUUUCUGAGUUGUGUUUUAAUAAACUAACACUAAACCUACAGUAUAUUUUUUAAAACAAUUGUUUUUGUUAAUUGCUCCCUAGUCAUAUAUGAUAAAGUUGCAGUUCAUUAUGGCUUAUUUUGAAAAUCUAUUAUUAAUAUACCUUGAAAACACAGCCUAGGAGACUGUUGUGUCAAUACCACAAAAUAAUUUGACUGUAUGGGAUA